AUGCCUGGCCUCUAUUGUCCGUCCACCUGGACUCCUCUGCCCCUCAAGGACUCCUGGGUCCGGGCCUGUGCCAAUGGCCCUUGCUUGGGCCUCAACGCCCGCCUCACUUACCACAACCCGGCACCAGAGCCUGUGGAAGGGGUGUUUGUGUAUCCACUGGCGGAGGCAGAGGCCGAAGUGGUGUCUGGUUUUGAGGCCGAAGCGGCAGGAAGGCGGGUUUCCUUCCAGCUGCAGAGUCGCCGCCGAAGCCCCAUGGAGCCCUGCUGCCAGGAGCUGUGUCCUGAGGCUGGCCUGCCCCGCCGGUGUGCCCAGGGUCAUUUGGUUCUCCAUCCAGCCCAGGCUCGCUCCACGCUGGUGCUGCCCACUGGCCUCAUUGCCCCCGAGGGGACUGUCACUGUGUCGCUGAGGAGCAGCCGAGAGCUUCACACGAGGCCAGACGGGGCAAUACGGGUGGCCUUACCCUCCAUCCUCACCCCCCUGGCCCCGUCCAGCCCAGCCAGACCCCCUGGCCUCUGUGACGACAGUCCUACCAGCUGCUUUGGGGUGGGCAGCCCCGAGGAUGAGGCACCUGCCCUUCGAGACUCCCCAGCCCCCAGGGACAUGUUCUGUGGCCCUGCCCGGUGCCCAGGGCCAUAUACCUUCUCCUUUGAGAUGCUGGUGACUGGACCGUGCCUGCUGGCAGGCCUGGAGAGUCCCUCCCAUGCCCUCCGAGCUGAUGCCCCACCUCAUGCCAGUUCUGCCGCUACUAUCUGCAUCACCCUAGCCGAAGGGCACCCCUGUGACCGGGCCCUGGAGAUCCUGCUGCAUCCCAGUGAGCCUCACCAACCCCACCUGAUGCUGGAGGCAGGCGGCCUGAGUGCCGCAGAGUACGAGGCCCGAGUGAGGAGUCGAAGGGACUUCCAGCGUCUCCUCCAAAAAGACAGUGAUGGGGACCGCCAGGUGUGGUUCUUGCAGCGUCGCUUCCACAAGGACAUCCUCUUGAACCCAGUGCUGGUGCUGAGCUUCUGCCCAGAUCUGAGCUCAGGGUCCCUGGAUCCUGGCUCAGCCACGAGGGAACUUCUCUUCCUAGUGGACAGCCAUGGGGCCGCUUACAAGGAAGCCCUGCUCCUCGCAGUGAAGUCUCUCCCCGCUCAGACACUCCUCAACAUUGCAACAUUUGGUUCCUCUGUGCACCCACUCUUCCCUGGCAGCCGACCCUGCAACGAUGACACUGUGCGGUUGGCUUGUGAGGGCAUUGAGGCCCUGCAGACAGGAUGGGAAAGGCCCGAUGUGCUGGCUGGGCUUCGCUGGGCCCUGGAGCAGCCUGGCCAACGAGGCCACCCCCGCCAGCUGUUCCUGCUCACCUCUGCAGCUCCUGCUGCUCCCAGCACCCACCAGAUGCUCGAGUUCAUGAGGCAACAUGGGGGCAUGGCCAGGUGCUUCUCCUUUGGGCUGAAUCCUGCCUGCCACCAGCUGCUCCAGGGUUUGUCUGCCCUCAGCAGGGGUCGUGCUCACUUUCUGGCCCCUGGAGAGAGGCUGCAGCCCACGCUGGUUCGAGCGCUUCGGACUGCCCUGGAGCCAGCUCUGAGUGAUGUUUCCGUGGACUGGUUCAUGCCCGAUACUGUGGAGGCCAUGCUGACUCCUCGGGAGAUCCCCACCCUCUACCCGGGGGACCGGCUGAUUGGCUACUGUUCUCUCUUCCGUGUGGAAGGCUUCCGGCCCCGACCCCCGAUGGGUCAAGAGCACGGAUGGAGAAGCUUAGGUGGUUCUGUGUUCCCGUCUCCAGAGGAACCAUCAGCCACAAGCCACGGCACGGAGCCAACAGGGGCCACAGAUGCACCGGAGACAGGCACAGCAUCCGCUGGCCACUCCAGCCACUGUGGCCCCGGGGACUCAGAGCGGAGUGCUGACCCCCCUACGGAUCCAGUCACUGACCCUGGGCCAGACCCCCCAUCAGAUGCAGCCAUUUGGAGGCGAAUCUUUCAUUCCUCCUAUAUCCGUGAGCAGUAUGUCCUGACUCGAUGUUCCACCAGUCCAGAGCCUGGCCCUGGUUCCCCAGGCAGCAGUGAAUCCCCAGGAUCCUGGGGCCCUGGCUCCCCUGAGAACAGUGCCCCCCCAGUUCUCCCUUCUCAGCAGGGCCACCGAAGCCUGGCUUGGGGAGACCCUGCCCCUGCGGCCGCCACCAGUCACUCAUGCCCGCUGCCCCUAUCAGCCCCAUUCACGGCUCCACCUCUAGCCCUAGAGAAGCCAGGCCAGGUUCCCAAAACAGCUUUCACAGGGCGCAGCCUCUCUACCCCCCAGGGUGGGAAGGACCCUAUUCUCCACCCCCGAAGAAAUAAGUCCUUGGGUGGACAGCUGGAGGAACAAAGCCCAGAGCAAGGGCAGCAGCUCCGCAGAAGUCUGGACGACUCGGGAAACCUGCUCUCCCCAACCCCCUUAGACUGGGACAUGCUGAUGGAGCCGCCCUUCAUGUUCGCUCCCUCACCAUCUGCAGGGGAGUCUGCCCCCUCCCCUACACCCCCACCUCCAGCCCAGCCCCCGCGAUGCCACGUGGCAGUCCGGGCACUGCAGGACGGGCAGCCCAUGUGCUGGGAGGUGGGUGCUGGCUUGGAGCCAUUCCUAGGGACCCCAGAAGAUUCUCGGCCGCCAUCUCCCGAGAGGGGGGAUGCCUGGGACCAAACCUUGCACCGGCUGACGGCGGCAUCCGUGGUCCGGGACAACGAGCAGCUGGCCUUGCAAGGGGCUGAGCCAGGCCCCGUCCGCCGCUUCCGGCUCCGGGCCCUGCAGACAAGCAAAGCCACCGCCGCCUCCUCCCGCUUCACCUACCCUGUGGCCGUGGAUGCCGUCACCCGUGAGGCCCUGCCGGUGGCACUGCAAAUCCACAGCUCAGGCUCAGCAUCUGCUUCCUCUGUGGAGCCUCCGGAUGCUGCCCGACACCCUGAGGGUAAUGCCCCGGGGCUCGGCUGGCGGAGGUUUGGUUCUGGCCGGAGACUCUACAACCCAGAGCCUGAGCGGGGCCUGGCUGGGGACAGAGACAAGGACAGCAGUGACCACGACUACCUCCCGCUGGUGCGGCUGCAGGAGGCUGCUGGUUCCUUCCGCCUGGAUGGCCCCUUCUGUACGGCGGUACAAAUCCCCCAUGAGAGGCUGUGCAGGGCCUCCCCCUUCCCGGUGCACCAGGCCACCCUCAGCCCAGCCUCUGCCUCCUCACCAUGGGCUCUCCUCGGGUCGGGCUCUGGGGACGGGAUGCUGGCUUCGGGCAGCCAGUCCCCCAGCACAGGCUCUGAGGGACCAGGCCAGGUGGACAGCGGGCACGGGUCUGACACAGAAGCCUCCGAGGGGGCAGAGGGCUCAGGGGGCCCCGACCUCCGAGGCCGGAGCUGGGCCACGGCCGUAGCCUUGGCCUGGCUGGAACACCGCUGCACGAGCACCUUUGGGGAGUGGGAGCUGGUGGCGGCCAAGGCCGAUGGCUGGCUGCAGGCCCAGCGCCUGCCUGACCGGAUGGACUUGGCCACCCUCAAGGCUUCCGCCAGAGGCCUGUUCUUGCUGCUCCGCCACUGGGACCAGAACCUCCAACUUCGCCUACUGUGCUACAGCCCUGCCAAUGUCUGA